AUGAAGCUACAACUAGCUGUUCUUAUCUGCUUCAUUCUCCGACUUUAUUGGGUGUUUGGGGAAAAGUACAAAGACAAAAAAAGGCAGAAAGAAGUUGACAUUUUGUUGUUCUCCAUGACCACAAUCGACGGGACCAUCGUUUACACCCCCCACAGGGAGUGGGACGGCCUUACCAGGACUCUAUUGGGACUGAUAGAAGAACCACGGGGAACCGUCGCUCCGAGAACCUUGACGAUGAUCCGCACUCGUUUGGCAAUUGUUACCCGGAAGCUAGGUUCCACCCUCACUAACGACUGGAUUUCUGUCGCAGUGCCUCUGGGCAGGACUGCGUCGACCUAUACUAGUACUGGCCUCAUUUCAACUCUGACUGUUGCCACAGGGCCCCAAAAAGUCGCGGUGAUUGUGGAAUGCGAAAGGGGUAAGGAUGGGAAGUGGCACGCAGCACGAUCCUCCGCGGAUUCCACACUUCUCUAUCAGUUACCUGCCAUACCCAUCCAGAGGCUGCAUAAGUACGACAUCUACAACCCAACGGAAGCGGAAUGGAAGAAAUACAUCGUCAAGAAUGGUGCACGGUGUUUUCCCCUUACCGCGAAAUCUAUCUCAUAG